AUGGCGUCCCCUGAUUCAAGCAACCAAUCUGAUCCAGUCAACAACCAAUCAAAUCCGAUCAACAAUGAAUCAAUUCCUAAGAAUCCAUAUUUUCUCAGUGCAAGUGAGAAUCUAGGAAGCGUUUUAGUGACACAACCACUACUUGGGAUGCGAAAUUAUCACUCCUGGUCAAGGGCUAUGAUCUUAGCUCUCACUGCUAAGAAGAAGAUAGGGUUCAUCAAUGGUAGAAUCCCUAUGCCCGAUCUAGAAUCUCCUCUCUAUGAAGAUUGGCAAAGCUGCAAUACGAUGGUACUUUCUUGGCUUAUCAACUCAAUGCAUGUUGAUGUAUCCAGUAAUAUAAUCUACUGUGAAACUACUAGAGAUAUGUGGUUAGAAUUGAAAAACUUGUUUUCACAAGGCAAUGGUCCCAAAAUCUAUAAUCUUCAAAAGGAAAUUUCACACAUCACUCAGAAUCAGUUGUCUGUGACUGAGUAUUUCUCGAAAUUUAAGAGAUUAUGA